AUGUUCGGCUCCAGUCGCGGCGGCGUGCGUGGCGGGCAGGACCAGUUCAACUGGGAGGAUGUGAAGACCGACAAGCAGAGGGAGAACUACCUGGGCAACUCGCUGAUGGCGCCAGUGGGCCGCUGGCAGAAGGGCCGCGACCUCACCUGGUACGCGAAGGACCGUGCGCCGUGUGCCGGCCCGAGCCGUGAGGAAGAACUGGCGGCUGUGCGUGAGGCGGAGCGCGAGGCGCUGCUAGCCGCACUCGGUUACAAGAACGUGAGGAAACAGCCCACCGGCCUGAGCAAGGAGGACUUCGUGGAGAUCUGCAAGCGGGAAGGAGGGGACCCUGAAGAGAAGGGCGUGGACCGGCUGCUGGGUCUGGGCAGUGCCAGUGGCUCCGCAGGCCGUGUGGCACUAUCCCGGGAAGACAAAGAGGCUGCCAAGCUCGGCCUGUCAGUGUUCACGCACCACCGCGUGGACAGCGAAGGCCCAAGCACCGCCCCAUCUGCUGCCAGGAAGAAGCCUCGUGCUGAGGACAAGGCUGAACUGGAUACAGAGAGCCAUAAGAAAAGCAAGAAAGAAAAAAAGAAAAAGAAAAAGAAACACAAGAAACACAAGAAGAAGAAAGACAAAGAACACAAAAGGGAGACUGACAGCUGCCCAUCUUCUCCCUCUCCUGCUCGGCCCAGACACCAGAGACAUGAUUCUGACAUCUCCCCCUGCUCUAAGAGGAAGCGGGGACAUAGCCAGGACAGUGGAAGGAGCCCAUCUCGCAGACGACAAGACAGAGGCUCUGAUGACUGAGAAUUGGCUAGACCAAAGGACACCAGAGCCCUGGUUGCCCUGAGCUGGGACCCUGCCCAUCACCAAGCUCUGUGGGGUCUAGAAAGAGUAGUCGUUGGAUGCUAAGCGGCUACCAGCCCCCUUCCAACUUGCCCAAACUAACCAAGUCACAUCCCUAUCUGGGAUAAGGCAGGUGGCUACUCCCUGGUAGGAUUCUGAGCCAAGCUUGCUGGACCUUGGGAUAUCUAUCUUGCCUUUUGGAGGCAGCUUGUGGCAACAACUCCAGGUUGCUGAGGAGUAGGUCCUGGGUGACCAGAGCCUAGUGAUUCUGAGGGUAGUGCCCUUGCUUGCCCCCAUGCCAAGGAAGAUAUAAUUGCCCAGUAGACUAAGGUCAGACUCCUGUCUCUGCUGCCACAGUCCAGGCUCUUGAAGUUUAGGGGUGUGUCUUGUGUAUACAUCUGGUUACUUCUACUUUUUGUAUCAACCCACUUUGUACAUAAGUAAAUGUAUUUUAAAAGUA